AUGUAUCAUCAGAACCCAUCACCUGAGGCAAUCCCUGCUGCUCUGCUAUCAUCAACUGCAAAAAAAAAUCGUAGAUGGUUUUCCGCAGUUCCAUUAAUUGCCUUAUGUGGUCUUGGGAUAUUGGGUUUGCUAUUAGUAGCAACUAUUGUUUUAGCCUUGAUACCUGUGUAUCUGCCAAAACGUGGAACAGUGGCCGUUAAAACUAAUCACACAUCAUCGGAAUUUUAUCUGGUAUUUACAGUAAUUAAUGACCGAAGAAAACGGGAAAUACGUGGAAAACGUCAGUAUUCUGAUGGUUCUCAAGCUAGUUUUUCAGACCAAGAAAAACAGCAGACGGCCAAUCAGGUGAGUUACCGGACUAGAGAUUGAUUGUUAGAAAAGUUGAGUUAAGAGACAUUGCACGAGUUCAUCGAGCAGUUUGCUACAGCAGGCAAAACAUGAAAAAAUUUAACAUCUCUAUUUAUGUUUUCAUUCGAUUCUCCGUCCAAUUUUAGGGAUACGAAAAAGUCUUUAAAAGGUUAUAUCCAAAAAUGGCCGAGUUAUAAAAGUUUUGCGAGAAGUACUCAAAAAACCGACGAUAAAUCAAUUUUUCAGUAUUUUGAGAUUUUUUCUUUUCUCUUCUUCACUCUAAGAUUUUGAAAUGUAUGAGUCGAUAGAGCAAUAACAGCUCUUCAAAAUGAAUUCAUUUUCAGUUCUCUCAACCAUAAUUUGCUGUAGGAUAGGAUACUUUUGAAUUUUGACUUUUUAGAUCUUCGGAAAAAACUCAUAUUUCCGUUAAAUAUUUUCUGUUAAAUCAGCAUUAGAACGGACAAAAUACUUCGCUAUCACAGAAAGUUGGAGAACAGAGCAAAAAUCAUCUUAUUUUAGGUGAGUAUUUUGAAUUUUCUCCCUCUCACACUUAUUUUGAACAAAAACAAAGUUCUUAAAAACUUUUGUAAAAUAUGUGCAGUUGGGUGAAGAUCUAAAAAGCUC